CAGAUCAACGUUCCAGUGUUUGGAAGACUGACUGUAAAGAUGGUAGAUGAAGCUGGUGACAGGGAUGAUUCCUCGAAUGUCGCCAUUAUUAGGGAGGUAUAUGAUAAUGAAAAUGCACAUGAAACAUUCGAAUAUGAGUUAGAAAGAGCCUUAGAAUCUGAAUGUAGCUUAAUCGUUAUCGAGCCAUCUAAAUUAGGUGAUGAGACCUCCAGAUGGAUAGCAGUAGGAAACUGCCUUCACAAGACUGCAGCACUGUCGGGUCUUGCAACCAUAACUACAGGUCUGAUUUGGGGUGAUCGGCCCUAUAUCUGUGGUCCGCUAGGUUUUAUAUCUGUAAUAUCCUGUGGACUUUAUACUGUUUCAUGGCAGUUUGAUCCCUGUUGCCAAUACCAAGUUGAAACUGACACAAGUAAGCUACCGCAUGUAGAGUUGUUAGCCGUCUUAGGCCCAUCAUCUCCGACCUUCCUUGUAAGAAAAGAUGACACAAGAAGAAGGAUUCUUCACACAACUAUUACAGUUAUAGCAGUCAGCAUUAGUGCUUGGAGAGUUUACCAAGCAUUUAAAUGAAACAAUUAAUGUCUGAAAAGAAAGAAACUAACUUGUAAAAAGCAGUAAGGUAGGCCAUACGAUAUAUUAUAUAUGAUCGUAAUAAGGCCUAGCAUAGAAAUCUGUGAAUUAAAAAGAAUUACAGAUAUGUUUUCACAUAUAUUAAUGGGAAUUGUUGAGCAACACGAAGGAUCUAUUUUCAUUUAUGUUUAUAUUUUUUUUUAUGUUUUGACACUACCUCACAGGUGAAUGCUGAUUUUACAAUAGAGAGGGGAAUAUCUAACAAGACAGAUUAAAAGUAACCUAUUCUAAGAACGUUUUCAAUAUAAAAUCUGAUAUUUCACGAAGCUCUGCAUUGUUACUCUAUAAUCUACAUCUUGUUGAUUCUAUUGUCAUGGUUAAUUUUAAUGCGAUGAAAGACGCAAUCGUAUUCACGUACAUAAUUACUUCAGUGAAACAACUACUGAUAUAAGUGUUCUUAGAGUUAUACAUUACAACCAUACACCUGGAAAGUUGGAUUUAGAAUUACAUAUUUUUAGAUUGUAAAUAAAGUAGAUAGAAUACAUUGCAUAUGAUAUACUGAA